ACAAAGGUUUAUAUAAAGAGUAAAAUUUGGAAAUUGCCGAUAGUACUCGGUGGUUGCUUAAAAUGUACGCUGCAUUGAAGUGUAUUGUGAUCUUGAGCGUUGCAAUUGCAGCCUCAAGCCAUAGUUUGGGCCCAGCGGAUGUAGUAUUACACUUAUUUACACGGGCUAACCCAUCAGUAAGUGUACCAGUGCUGCCCAAUUUCAAUUCUCUGCUGAACUCUGGUGUGUACAACCCUGCAAGACCCACGGUCAUCAGCAUCCACACCAGUGGUGAAGGAGUCGGCAGCAACUUUGGAGCCUUCAUCGUGCGAGACCAUCUGACCCGUGAAGAUGUGAACGUAUUCGCAGUGGACUGGAGUAACGGUGCCUCCAUGUACUCCGAGGGUCUUUCUCAGGCACCUCAGUGUGGUCAGAUCAUCGCUAACUUUAUCAAUGAUAUCAUCAGGCAAUUGAGCUACAACGUCAACCAGAUCCGCAUUGUCGGACAUGGUUUGGGAGCCCACGUCGCCGGAAUUGCCGCAAGACAGAUUACUGGCAAUGUUCCCCAUAUCUUUGCGCUGGACCCGUCUCUGGUUGGCUGGACUCACCACCCCGAGCGUCUUAACCCCGACGACGCCACUCUUGUGGAAGUCCUCCACACCACGGCUGGGAUCCUCGGCUACGACUAUCCCUUGGGUGACCUCGACUUCUACCCUAAUGGAGGCUCGUUCCAGCCUGGCUGUGCUACUGACGUCAGCUGUUCCCACACCUACGCCUAUGCGUUCUAUGCCGAGUCCCUCACCAGCGAACUCACCAACGGGGCCAAGUUUGUUGGAACUAAAUGCGACAGUUAUGAACAGGCCAUCACGAUGUCAUGCUCUGGAGCAAGAGACGCCAUCUUCGGUGGAACUGAAACUAAGACUAGCUCCGGGAUCUACACCUUUAGCACGAAUUUUAUCCCACCAUUCGCCCAGAACUAAACAAAUUUCAUCAUCCUCGUGAAAUGAAAUGUUUCUGCAAUACUUUGUGAAAUAAAAUUGAAUCUAUAUU